AUGCCGUCUGCGUACUCGCGUAAGGCUCGAUCCCAACGACGAAAACGGGAAUCAAAUUCACCGACCAAGCAAGACGCGUUCGACGUUCCAUCCACGUCACCUACCGGGACAGCCAUGUCCCCUCCACAAACAGCUGUUGCUAGAGUCUUCGGCAUCGUAGAGCUGCUGGAGCUGAUCCUGCUAAAAGUCGCGGAACCAGAAGACGACGGUUUGCCCUUCUUCGCGGUACUACCUGAAGGACCCGCAGAGCAACUCUUCGCCGUGCAGCGAGUCAGCCAGAAUUUCCGCAACGUAGUCGACGACUCCAUACGUCUUCGGCGACGCAUGUGUCUUGCCCCUUAUCCUGCAGACCAGAAGUGCGACCCGUCGGACUUACCGCGCUGGUUUGCAUACCACCAGCACAAUCUUAUCAAGCAUCAUCAAUGCCUCCAAAUGAGAUGGCAUCAUGGCCGUCUCGCGAGUUCUCUGGCCUACGGGUAUUUUGUGGACCCCCCGAUCAAUCAUCCCCAACAAGACUCCGCUGCAGCAGAAAGGUGGCUUCGCCCGGAGGCUUCAUGGCGGAGAAUGAGAGCGUAUCCUACCAGGGAGCAUAGCGGGCACAAUCUCACGGUCUACGUCCUCGAUAAAACCUUGGUGUACGCAACACGUGAAAGCGAAGGCAUCACAAUGGGACAGAUCAGGGAACUUUUCGCGCAGCUUACGCGUGAGAUGCAACGUUACCAUGUCGCUAUGCGCCCGGUUAAUCAUUUACUGAAAUUUGUUUAUACCGCUUCGAGCCGGAUGGUAAACGGGGUGCAUUCGACUACAGGAMUGGACCUUGCGUGGCAGCAGAUCACCGACCAGCGGGUGGUCACUGACCGGCGAUUCUUUGCGCUGGCGACAUAUCACAAAAUCGCACCCCUCUACCUCAAAUCGUCCGACUCUGGCGUUUGA